GACAGUAAUGACUUUGACAUAUGUGGACAAAGUAGAAAUCUUUUAAUUCUUUUAUGUGAAAAAUAAAUGAGGCGAAUAACAUCGAAAUUAAAAAUUAAUAUAAAUAAGUAGUUAAUAAUCAAAAUAUAGAUCAUAGUAUCUAAAAUCUUGUAUAAGAAUGAAACCUAUUAUAUUGCAAGGGCACGAACGUGCCAUCACCCAAAUCAAAUACAACAGAGAAGGAGAUCUUCUAUUUUCGGCAUCUAAAGGUAAUAAACCCGACGUAUGGUAUUCAUUAAACGGUGAACGAUUAGGUACAUUCAACGGUCAUCAAGGAGCUGUUUGGUGUAUAGACGUCGAUUGGACGUCCACUAGAUUUAUGUCCGGUGCUGGUGACAAUACUUGCAAAAUAUGGGAUUGCGAAACCGGUAAAGAAAUUGGCAAUAUACCGUCGGCUUCUUCAGUUCGAACAUGUAUGUUCAGUUAUUCGGCUAAUAUGGCCGUAUAUACCACCGAUAAAGCUAUGAGACAACCGUGCGAGAUAUUUAUUAUUGAUACCAGAAUCGUAGAUGAAAGUACCGGUAGUCAACAACCAAUUUUGAGAAUACCCAUAUCAGGACAUAGAGUAUCAUCGAUUUUAUGGGAUAAUUUGGAUGAAAGUAUUAUAACCGGUCACGAAAACGGAGAACUCAUACAAUGGGACUUGAAAACUGGUAAACAAAUAAAUAAAGUUAAAGAACACGAUCUUCUAAUUAACGAUAUGCAAUGGAAUAAAGAUCAAACAAUGUUUAUAACCGCAUCUAAAGAUCACACUGCUAAACUUUUUGAUGCCAAAGAUUUACUACUACUGAAAACUUAUAAAACUGAAAGACCCGUUAAUUCCGCAUCUAUAAGUCCGAUAUUGGAUCACGUAGUACUAGGGGGAGGACAAGAUGCUAUGGAUGUAACUACUACGUCUACAAGGGUGGGAAAGUUUGAUUCCAGGUUUUUCCAUUUGGUUUUCGAGGAAGAAUUCGGAAGGGUGAAAGGUCACUUCGGUCCCAUUAAUAGUGUCGCUUUCCAUCCGGACGGUAAAAGUUAUAGUUCAGGGGGAGAGGAUGGUUUCGUUAGAGUACAUACUUUUGAUUCUUCUUACUUUGAAUACAAUUUUGAUUAUUAAAUAAAAUUGAAUAAAUAAAACCGUUUAUAUA